UCGGCCAUGUUAGGUCCAGAUUCUUCUUUUAUGCAAAAACGCAUCAAUUGAGUUUGAGUAUAUCUUUAUCAAAAUUGGAGAGGAGCGGGGUAUUCUAUACCUUUACCAUGACCGACAAUAAAAACGACAAGGCGAAAGUCGAUUUAGGAUUGCUCGAAGAAGACGAUGAGUUUGAAGAAUUUCCCGCGGAAGAUUGGACCGCAAAAGAUGAAGACAGCGAUGAUAUCAGCGUCUGGGAGGAUAAUUGGGACGAUGAUGACGUUGAAGAUGACUUUAAUCAACAACUAAGGGCACAACUGGAGAAGCAGAAGGCUACGAAUGAAGUUACCAAGAAAACUUAAUUAGUUUGCACAAUAUGUGAUUAAUCUUAUUUUAUGAAAUAAAUAUAUUAAAUAUAUU